AUGGCCUCCAUCCACCCUCUCAUCGACAACGGCCUCACCAAGGGCGACCCCAACUUCCCCGGCGGAACCCUCCAAUGCCGCUGCCCCUCCAACCAAGUCGUCGUCGCUCUGAAGAGCAACAUCGCCCACAACCACGCAUGCGGCUGCUCCAAGUGCUGGAAGCCCGCCGGCGCCCUCUUCUCCAUCGUCGGCGUCAUUCCCCGCGAUAACGUCUCCGUCGAGGCCAACGCCUCCAAGCUCAAGAUCGUCGACCCCUCCGCCGUCAUCCAGCGUCACGCCUGCUCUGACUGCGGCGUCCACAUGUACGGCCGCAUCGAACAGGCUCACCCCUUCCACGGCCUGGACUUCGUUCACGCCGAGCUAUCUAAGCAGAAGGGCUGGCAAGAGCCUCAAUUCGCUGGCUUCGUUUCUUCUAUCAUCGAGCAGGGAUAUAACCCCGAGGGUAUGGAUGCUAUUCGCUCCAAGUUCAAGGCUAACGGCCUUAAUACCUAUGAUGCUCUCUCCCCUCCUCUGAUGGAUCUCAUUGCUACCUUCACUGCUAAGAAGGCUGGUGUUAAGUUCGCCAACCUGUAA